AUGCUUGAUGGCAGAGCAGCAACUACUGGUAAUUUUAACAAUAAAACAACAUCUGUAAUUCCAUUAUCUUAAUUACGGAGAAUGAAAAAUAAUAGUUGUGAAAUCUUAGAUAAUCACACUAUGAUUGAGAAAUAAGAAUUGUAAUAUCAAAGAUAUUAAUAGUAAGACAUGCCAAAUCAUAAGAAAGAAUCAAAAAGUGGCCUUGUGCUAUGAAUAUUAGAAGAAGAAAAAAUUAAUCAUAAUUUGAGAGAUUUGCAUAAGAUGAAGAAGAACGUAGAAGAAUUGAAAAAGAAGAAGAUGAAUAUUAAUAGAAAUAAAAACAAGAUGUAUUAUUGAGAGCAAAUAGAUUAAUUUAUGAUAAUAAUCCUGUUAUUAGAUAAUUUUAAUAGAAACUGUUAUUUUCAGAUGUUCUUUAAGAAAGAGAUGCUUAAUUGUAAUUAAAUGAAUACAAAAAGACUAUCAAUAAGUAAGUUAUUCAUUUAAUUACUUCAGUAUUAAAGAAAAGAUGUAUUAAGAAGAAUAAAUAGAUAUUAUGGCAAAUUUUGAUCAUGCAUAAUAAUUGAAAGAGGAAUAAAUAAAACGAAAAAAAUAAGAAUAAAAAAUAAUUCUUAAAUAAUAACAUGAUGAAAUGAUAAAUAAUCAUAUUAAAUAAAUUUAGAAUGAGAAAAUUGAAGGAUAAUUAAAUAAAGCAAGAGCUUUAAAAUUAAUUUAAGAGGAAGAGGAAGCUGUAAAAGAAAGAAAACGAAAGAGAUAUGAAAAUAUGUUGGAAAUUAAGAAAGGAAAUGAAGAAAUUAAAGAGUUUAAAUUAUAAUAAUUACAAAAAGAAAAAGAAUAAGAAGAAGAAAUUAAAUUGCAUGCAGAAAAAAAAGAUAGGAUUAUAUAAAUGAAGAAAUAAAGAGAAGAAUUAAAAUUUAGAGAAAAAUAAGAAUAAAGAUAAAGGUUGAUUGAUACCUAAAUUGCUAUUCUAAUAAAAAAAGAAGCUGAAUAAUAAUCUUUGAUUAAUAAAUAAAUUUAGGAUGCAGAAUAGAAAGAUGAGGAAGUAGAAAAAUAGAAAUUAAUUAAAUAAGAAGUUUAAAAAAAAAAGAUUGAAGAUAGCCGAAAUAUAAUAAAAGAAUUUCAACUUAAAGAUAAAAUAAUUAAAGAUUAAAAUGAUAAAGAAUUUUAAUAAUAUUGGAAAUUAAGAGGUGAAGAAUUGAAAAAGUUAGAAUAAGAAGAUAUAAAUAAUUAGCGAAAAAGAAAUUAAUCUGUUAAAGAUUAUUAAUUAUAGUAAAUAGAAUAAAAAUAAGUAAUAUCAUUAUGUUUAUAUAUAGAAAAUAAAAGAACAAUAAAUACUUUAGGAUUUUUAAGAUGAUGAAGAGUUAAAAAGAUAAAGAAAUAUAGAAAAUAAAACAUUUUUUACUUGGGCUGAGAAAGCAGUAAAAGAGUAGGCAGAUUAAGGAAAAAAUAUUGGUCCAUUAAUGAAAGAAUUGGCUCGAAUAAAAGAUAUUUGA